AUGGCAACAAAACUCGCAUUAAUCUCUACUUCCACCUCAAAGACACCAACUAUUAUUGUCACGUCUUCCGCUACGAGUAGACUCGGUACUUUAAAAAAUCCCCUCGCAACCAUUGCACUCGUCUCAACCACCACUAGUCAUGCAAAACCACCCAGCAGCCUAGCUCAGCAAAGCAGUUCAGCGGGAAUGGUUCCCGCUGCCAGGUUCAACACGGGUGGCCAACCUCAACUAAUUAUCGCCAUUGUUAUGCCAAUUGUUGGGCUAUUAGUCUCUUUUGUUGCGUUAGCGAGCUGGUACUACUGGAGAAGGUGGAAACGAAGCCAUCCUGGACGACGUCUCUUCUGGGGUAACGAUACUCCCGACAAAGGUCUGAAUGCAAAGAUACAGGAGUAUCUAGCCCGGGGACUGGAGGUCGAUGCCAAGUGUGUCUUAACCCCCUCCGCCAUCCGAGCUCGAUGUACCUAUCACUUCAGAUCGCAGAAUGAUUUGGCGUCUACAAGUAAUGUAAACACUAAAUCACCGGACAACCACAAUCAUUCAAGAAAGGAUUUCUCAAACUUUAGUGAAACAGUUCAAAUUAAGCUGGGUUAUGAGGUGCCGGUGAGAUCACGAUGGAUCUCCACUCCCGUUGAGGCAAUAAAAAAACCAUGGGAGUCAUUCCGGAAAAGCUUUGUGGGAGAUAUCCGGGAUGUAAAUCAUUCGGACCGUGGUAGCUCGGAGGGAAGUCUAAGCACGGGGAAAUCGUCAGUUCCUCCGACAUCCUCACCCUCACAACUCUUCAGGGAGGUGACUAUUCCUAUCAACCUUCGGGUCUUUAAAUUGGCAAGGAGCCGCGGUGGAGCCAAUAGAGAACCUAAAGGAUUUGAAGCCACACAGCCAAAGCCUCUGGUCGAUGGGUUGCCCGAAAUAAGUCCGGUGACGGGGUUAUCUCCUUCUGAUCUGAAUAUACCACUCAUUGGUGGAACAAUCUUGCCACAGGUUCUCACCUUAGUACAGGCGGAUAAACACUCCCCAUAA